AUGGAUAUUCCACUUAAAUCGAGACCCAAGGUCUCUAUGGUGAAUUUGAUCGAGGAGGAAACUUUCAACAAGGCAAGGCAAAAGGCAGACACUUCCAAAGAAGAAAGCAGCGACACAAUCCACAUCCCUCAUCAUCAGACCGAACCCCGCUUGACGCAAAAUGGCGACAAUAAUCACGGUUCUAAUUACAAACUUGUUCGAACAUUUUCGGAGAGUGAGGCCAACAACUUCGACUCCGAGACAGGCCAUAGAAUCUUUGAGGAUGGCAAAAUUAGACCGAAGACUUCGCGUGCCAACACCAAUCAAUCACAACAGGAGAGCCCUAUAAAGCUAUAUUCUCGCUCCCACAACGAGUACAUAGACGCUCCAGAUUCUGGCUAUGUUGCUGGACUUGAGGACGAGUAUAUACCGGGUCUUGAUUUCGGAGAUUUGAUAUACCGAUGGAAUAAAUCGUCGUCUGAAAACUUGAGCACUUACGAAGGAGAAGGCGUUCCUCGGAGCAGCGCAACAACAUCGAUAUCUAAUACUCCUCUGAGCCGCAACCAGUCCUACUUGGACCUCAACGAACUUCACGCUCAGGUAGCGCCCCAGCCUAUCAAGCUUCGAAAUCAAGAGAACAAAUUAUCGUUCACAAAAUUGCAUGAUGCGAUGAAAUUGAGAACUCCAUCGUCUAAUAGCCUUCAUGACCCGCUCAGCACCAGUGUUUGUAAGGACACAUCAGCUCAUCGAAGCAAGAAACAGAAGUCACAUCGCUACGUGGAUCAAGCACAUGGCGAUAUCAACUAUGAGCAAAUCAUAGAGAGUCUUCCAAGUAAUUUCAAUGAUCUUCCGUAUUCCCAGAGAAAGAAGAUAGUCCAGUCAUUCUCUGAUUCGAUUGACUAUUCCCAGUUUUCUCUUUUUGCCAAGGACUACUUGACAAAGUUCGGUGAAGGCCGAUCGUCAAGAAGCGGUUCUACCGCCGGGAGUCUUUCAAGGCUCUCGAGAAGAAACAGCACGGUCGCUGGUCGGCUACUUGCUUUAUCUUCUUCUUCGGAUAUCAAAAAGUUGAACGAGCCCAAGAAAAAAGUCAACGUAGAUGAAAAAGGAGCCCAGGUAAUGGAAUACGAGUUGGGCAAAAUUAUCGGGUACGGUGCCUGGGGUACUAUAAGAGAAUGCACGGAUGAUAAGGGGAAUGUCAGGGCCGUCAAAAUAGUCAAGUCAUGUCGUGAGAGAGAUGAGUCUCCCGCUCGUUCGCGAUCGCGGUCACCUUCAAGAAUUAAAGCAAACAAUAAUCAAGUGUUGGAGUUCUUCAAGAAGGAGAUAAAGAUUUGGGAGCAGUUACAUCAUGCAAAUAUCCUACCUUUGAUCAAGUAUUUGGAAACUGAGAACAUCAUUUUUUGUUUCACAGACAAGAUUCCCGGUGGAACAUUAUUUGACCAUGUUCUGCAAUGGGGUAUGUUUGACACUGGGUUAUCCAAUAGCGUUGGUCCCAUAACAUUCCUGCUUGAGGCGCAGAAGGAGCGAUUACUCCGGACCGCUUCUUUCGUGAAACAGAUUGUUGAAGGCUUGAGAUACAUGCAUCAAGAAAAAGGAAUCGUGCAUGGAGACUUAAAGCUCGAAAAUGUUUUGGUGGAUGACAAUGAUGCGAAUGAUAUCAAAAUGAUUCUCUGUGAUUUUGGCAUGUCCCGCGUCUAUACUUCGCGGCUCAAUCGGGCAGUUGCCGACCACGAGUCAUCGCCUACUCUCCGAAGCCGAUCGUCUUUCACGCGAACAAGAAAGCCGUACCAUGGAGGGCAUUCUAAGCACACUACGCAACUAUUUACUGAUGACUCCAAAAUUGGGCUCUCCAAUCUUUUCAAAUCUCAUGGUCCAUCGAUGCAGUCGGUCACUCUAACGCCUACAGAAUCUUUGUCUCUUGCAGAUGCGCAUGAACUUAAGACGAAAUUUAAUCAUGUGGAGACCAUCGAUUCGGGAUUGCCUCAUUCGCAUAUAGGCUCGCUUCCUUAUGCUUCCCCAGAAUUGCUUUUGCCGUCUCCACCCCCGCUCGGUCCGUCGGCGGAUGUAUGGGCUCUUGGGGUGCUUACGUAUACAAUGAUCGUCGGACGACUUCCGUUUCAACAUCCGUAUGAGCCACGUUUGAGGGCAAUGAUCACAGCUGGGCAUUUCGACAAAGACGAUUUGGCACUGGCUUGCCUCAUGCAAUGGAACCACACCACAGGCAACGGUUCUGCAGACGCUUCCAAUUCGGGCACCACCGAAGUCAUGUCAGGUUCCUCAUUUACCGAUGGAGGACGCGCCAGCGGCUUAGACGCACUAGCGCAGCAGUGGAGCAAGCAGGACUGCACUGAGUUCAAGUACUUGCAUGACUUGGUUAAUGGAUGUUUGGAGUUGAAUAUUACUAAGAGAUGGGAUUUAGAGAUGGUGAAGCGUUCGCUCGAAGCCACACAUUGUUAG